AUGGCUCCCGACAUAGGCUCACUAAGCGGCAGCGCCGUGCCAAACGGAGGCCAUGGCCUCACGAACGAGACCUCAAAGUUUCGUCCCGAGCUUUACGGCUGGCCUACUCAGAACGAGCGUGGGUACAGGAUCCUAGAGCAGCCCUUCAACACGAAGCGGCCUGUUCGGGUCAUACACAUCGGAGCUGGCGCUUCGGGGAUCUGUUUUGCAAAGUUCCACGAGACCAUGACGGAGAAUGUGACGAUCCAGCUUUACGAGAAGAACUCGGAUAUUGGAGGGACAUGGUUGGAAAAUAGAUACCCAGGCUGUGCAUGUGAUAUCCCCUCGGCGACCUACCAGUUCACCUGGGCUCCGAAUCCCGACUGGACACACUAUUAUUCCACGUCCCCGGAGAUCUGGAGGUACUUUAAGGAUGUUGUUGAGAAACAUCACCUGGCCAAGUACAUCAAGCUCGAUCAUGAGGUGAUUGGAGCCGAGUGGAAUGAGGAAGAAGGCCUCUGGCACGUCAGCGUCAGAGAUGCGAAUGGACAAGUCUUUGAAGACACCUGUAACGUGCUGUUGAAUGGAACUGGUAUCCUCAAUAAGUGGAAAUGGCCUGAUAUCCAAGGUCUCAAUUCAUUCAAGGGGACGUUGAUGCACAGUGCCCACUACACCGAGGAUUUCGAUCUGACAAACAGGCGAGUGGCCGUUAUCGGCGCCGGGAGCAGCGGCAUCCAGAUCAUAGCUGCCAUCACAAGCCAGGUCAAGGAGCUUUAUUGCUGGGUUCGGUCCCCUACUUGGAUCACCGCGGGCUUUGGCCAAAAGUUUGCUGGCCCUGAUGGAGGAAAUUUUGAAUACACCGAGGAAGAAAAAGAGCAGUUCAGGAAGAAUCCUGACAAGUUCCUGCGAUAUUCCAAAUUGAUUGAGACCGAGCUCAACCAGCGCUUCAAGUAUAUUCUCAAGGGCACACCCGAGGCCGUGUCGUCGAUCGAGUUCUCUCGGAAAGAAAUGUGCCAAAAGCUCGGCGGUGAUGCCAAACUGAUUGACGCAAUUGUCCCCAAGGACUUCGGGGUCGGAUGCAGACGGCCGACGCCCGGACCUGGAUUUCUGGAGGCCCUCAGAGAGCCUCAUGUUACCGUGUUCGUUAAGAGCAUUGGUAGCAUUACGGAGAAGGGAUUCAUCGAUCACGAAGGUGUCGAACAUGAAGUGGAUGUGAUAAUCUGUGCUACCGGUUUCGAUACCUCUUUCGUGCCCCGGUUCUCUGUCGUCGCUAACGGGGUCAACAUCCAAGACAUGUGGCGCAAAGAGCUCCUCUGCUACCUGUCAGUCGCAGCCCCAGCCAUCCCCAACUUCUGGGUGGCGGGAGGACCGUACGGGCCGCUCGGUCAUGGAUCAAUCCUCCCACUCAUUGAGACCUGGAUGAAGUAUUUCAUCCAAUGUAUCAACAAGAUCCAGAUUGACCGGAUCAAGUCUCUGACCGCCAAGGAAUCCCUCAGCAGGGCAUUCAAGGAGCACGCGGACCUCUUGUUGCAGAGAACGGCGUGGACCCAGGGCUGUAGUAGUUGGUUCAAGCAAGGCAAAACCGAGGGGCCGGUCUCAAUCUUCCCCGGCAGCAGAAUCACUUACAUUGAGAUCUUGGAGACGCCGAGAUACGAGGACUAUGACAUUACCUACAUGAACCCGUCGAACCCCAUGGAGAUCCUCGGCAAUGGCUUCAGCACACGGGAAUUCAACGGGAAGGACCUCAGCCACUACCUGGGGUUGAUCGACGGCAAAGACGAGCAGCUGGAUUUGGAAGCCGAGUUUUGGGCCGUCAAGAAGGGAACUGCGGCAUAG